AUGACGAUUGCCGAUCUGGCACCGCGGAACCCAUGGGAGGUGGACCUGAUUCGGGAAGAGCUGGUCUCCAUCGACGUUGGUGCGUCCGAACCUCAGCAGCUCUUCCUGUCGGUCCGUGGGCCUCCCCGAACACACGCCAACCAGCCCGUCGUCCUCAUCGAAUGUGGACGCGGGGCCACCAGCCGAUGGUGGGUGGUCGUCCAGCGGCUCCUGUCCCGACACGUCCGCGUCUACUGUUACGACCGGGCUGGGCUGGGCCGCAGUGGGCCAGCCCUGGUGUUUCCCCGGACAGCACGCACCAUGGCAUCGGAACUGGCCACGCUCCUGGCGACGGUCGAGGUGACGCCGCCCUUGGUCCUGGUCGCGCAUUCCUACGGCGCCAUUGUUGCGCGGGAAUACCUCGCACGUCUGGCCCAGCCUGCCCAGGCGGUUCGGGGCAGGGUGUUUGUGGAUGCGAACCAGGAAAAGACGCAUGACCUGCUCUUUACACCCAGCCACAUUCAGAACGCAAUCGGCAAGCUUAGUCCCCUCGUCAUCAUCGGACUCGACGAGGGUCACCGAUACAGCCAGGAAGAACUGGAGGCCAUCAUGCGCGAGAGAGGCCACCGGCACCGCGUCGGCGGCCGAUUCCGAGAUGGCCAACAUGCGAGCCUGUGGACGAGCCCUCGCCGACCGCGCCCAACUCCGGGCUCCCUCCUCGGCGUGAACCCGGUGACGGUCAUCCGGGGGGACGCAGCACGUGAUCUGUGCCGGAUCUACGAGGUGGCGCUGACGUCGGUCCUUUCGACCGCCCAGGGGAGGGAGGAGACCGAGGCGCACCUCGCGCGCUUCGCAGCUACCGACAAGAAGCUGCAGCUGGAGAUCCUGCAGUUAUCCCACACCGCCCGGUUUGUACAGGCAAAAAAGAGCGGUCAUCACAUAGAAGCGACAGAGCCGGAGUUGAUUGCUCGGGAGGUCAGUCGGGUGAUGUCCUUGGUCAACCGGGACGAAGGCCGUUGA